AUGCAGGCAGCCGACGGCGAUGUGCCGUUCCGUCCCUCGUUUGGGCGGCCUGGCAAGGUGUUCCAGUACCGUCCCAAAUGCCUUGGUGAAACGAUGCCAAGUCCUUCGUCGCCUGUGUUGCCGAUCAUGGUACCUGACACAUCCAUCUACAUGCUUUUUGCGCACCGUCAAUGGCGUGCAGGCAUGCUCCUAGCAGAUGCGCUGUACUCCGACGCGUUCGAUAUCCAGGAUAAAUUUGUCCUGGAGCUUGGGGCAGGGACAGGGCUGCCAGCCUUAACGGCGGCCUUGUGUGGUACACCUGCACGUGUGGUCGUGACAGACUACGAUGACGAGGCGAUCGUCGCUGCGUUGCAGGCUAACAAGCGCCGCACGCAAGAAGCCAACCCAGAGAGGAGUAUGGCGCCUCUUUCUGUGAUGGGGCACACAUGGGGUCAGGCGAUGGAGGACGUGUUGGAUGUCCUGCCUGUGUCGCGUACGCAGCCAACGCCCAAGUACGACGUAAUUCUGCUGGCAGAUUGCAUUUGGGAACGGUUCUCUCACCAGGUCCUUCUUCGCUCAAUUGUGUACCUCCUAGGGCGAACGCCUACGGCACGGGUGCACAUGGUGGCCGGCUUGCAUACAGGACGGCCUACCCUGAUCCAGUUUCUUCGCCGUGCGCUAGAUGCCGGUCUCAUGCUCGUCCCAGUACCACGGCGAGAACAAUGGCCGUCCGCCAAGGAAGUGGGCAGCCCCAUUGAGACUUUGCCUGGCGCCGAGCACAUUCUUGAGCUGGAAGUAGGGGGCACAUUGCCGGAAGAAGACACACUAAGUACCGAGUCGCUCAUCGUGCCCACAUUGACAGGCCAACAACGCACCUUUGUUUUAUCGCGUGGCUCAGAUGGAAACGACGAUGAGUCAAUUCAAGUACGCAAUCACUGGCUCACGGUAUCAAGCUUUGCAUGGGCCUCGCUCUAA